AUGGUACAGUGUGAUUCGGAGCAGGAGCUCCGUCAGAGAUUCAGAAUCGAUCAGGUGGAGUUGGCUAAGCCUGUGAGUGGAAGCACAACACCGGAUACGUCGGUUCCAGAAGAUGACGAGAGGGGCAAAGGUAAGCCUGGUCUCCUCAAAGCUCUGCGUGAGGAGCUGUCGAGUAUGGCACACCGUUCGGACAAGAGUAGGGGCUCAGAACAGGCGCAAUUGACGGAGGAGUCGAUUGUGCCGGGCUAUGGGUUGCCUCGACUGGACGCAUGUUGCUCGAUACAAACUCCGAUGAGACGGAGAUUUCAAACUGCAGUGGUAGCGUGGCACGUUUCUUCGUUUGUGUUUCUGGCCGUGCUGUCGAUUUAUGCAUUUUCGAACCCGUUUCUAUGGCUUAUCUCCAUUCCCUACACAAUUUACUUCCUGCUGGACAGAACGCCCGGGAAUGGUGGAGUGAUUCGCAGAAGAUCGCACUGGUUCAGGUCUUUGCCUGUGUGGAACUUGUAUUGCGAGUACUUUCCCAUUGGGCUUGUGAAGGGCACUCCCUUGCAGCCGACGUACACCAGGAAGAAGCCGUCGCUGGAUGAUAAGAGGUCCAAGAGGUCUAUUUUCAACGUCAAGUCCUGGAGACUCUUCAAAAGAUGCGACAAUAUGGAAGCCACCGGACCACGGUACAUCUUUGGGUACCAUCCACACGGUAUAGGGGCACUGGGUGCCUUUGGUGCGUUUGGCACUGAGGCCUGCGGUUGGUCCGAAAAGUUUCCUGGUAUCGACGUCUCUCUGAUGACACUCGUCACGCAGUUCCACAUCCCUCUAUACAGAGAGUACCUGAUGGCGCUUGGAAUUAGUGCAGUUUCAAGGAAAAACUCCCUAAAGGUUCUCGAGCAGAACCACUCGAUCUGCAUCGUUGUAGGAGGAGCAAGAGAGUCACUCAUGAGCUCGAUUGGGUCUGUGCACCUGGUUCUAAAGAGAAGAAAAGGCUUCAUCAGGUUGGCUCUAGAAACAGGCAACGUCUGUUUGGUACCAACCUUCGGGUUUGGCGAAACCGAUUGCUACAAUAUCUUCCAUACAGGCGAAGACUCAUACUCAAGAAAGUUGCAGCUGUGGAUAAAAAAGAACUAUGGCUUUACCAUUCCGCUGUUUUACGCACGAGGACUAUUCAACUACGAUUUCGGGGUCCUGCCUUUCAGGAAGCCUAUCACUGUCGUCACUGGCAACCCUAUUUACGUGAAGGAGAAAAUACCGAAUCCCUCCCCGGAGCAACUGGACCAUUAUCAUCGUCUGUACAUCGAAGAAUUGAAAAGACUGUACUACGACAACAGGCAGAAAUAUGGUUAUGGCGAUGUCGAGAUGGAAAUCGCUGGAUGA